AUGGAGGGCGGUGACUACGACAAGAUACUGGUUCUGAACUUCGGUUCACAGUACUUCCACCUAAUCGUGAAGCGGCUAAAUAAUAUCAAAAUAUUUAGCGAGACAAGGGACUAUGGAAUUGACCUGAAGGAAGUAAAAGAGUUAAAUAUUAAGGGAGUCAUUCUGUCUGGAGGUCCCCACUCCGUUACGGAGGAGAAUGCGCCUCACUUGGAUAAACAAGUGUUGGAAUAUUUUUUGGAAAAAAAAAUCCCCAUUUUUGCCAUAUGUUAUGGAAUGCAAGAAAUAGCUGUACAAAUGAAUGGUCAAGUGAACAAGUCCAAAAAUUCAGAAUAUGGAUGUACCGACGUGAACAUAAUAACAAGUAAAAAUAAGAAUGAAGAAAAAUAUAAGAAUUUCAAGCUGGUGGAUGGAGAUGGAAAAGGCAGCAAAUGUAUCCUUUUCGAUGGCAUAAAAAAUGCAGAAAAAAGUACCGUAUGGAUGAACCAUACAGAUGAAGUGACAAAAAUUCCGGACAAUUUUUUUCUUGUAAAUUCUACGGAUGACUGCUUAAUAUGUGCCAUGUACAAUGAGGAAUAUAAUAUAUAUGGAGUCCAGUACCACCCAGAGGUGUAUGAAUCCCUGGAUGGAGACCAAAUGUUUUACAAUUUUGCCUACAAGAUUUGUAAAUGCACAAAAAAAUUCGAUCCAAUUCGAUAUCACGAAAUUGAGCUGAACAAUAUAAAGAAAUACGCACAUGACCAUUACGUAAUUGCUGCCAUGUCUGGGGGAAUUGACAGCACUGUCGCUGCUGCAUUUACACAUAAAAUAUUCAAAGAAAGAUUUUACGGCAUUUUCAUAGAUAAUGGAUUGUUAAGAAAAAAUGAAGGCGAACAAGUGUACUCAUUCUUAAAGGGCCUAUUCCCAGAUAUGAAUUUAACCAAAAUUGAUGCAUCCGAAAUUUUUUUAAAUAAUUUAAAAGGUGUUACCGAUCCAGAGCAGAAAAGGAAAAUUAUUGGAAAAUUAUUUAUCGAAGAAUUUGAAAAGGCAGUAAAGAACAUAAACAUUGAUAUUGAAAAAACGUAUCUCCUACAGGGAACUUUAUAUCCAGAUAUUAUCGAAAGCAAAUGUUCGAAAAAGCUGUCCGAUACGAUUAAAACGCAUCAUAAUGUAGGAGGGCUACCAGAAAAUUUAAAAUUCAAACUAUUUGAACCUUUUAAAUAUUUGUUCAAAGAUGACGUGAAGACAUUAUCCAAAGAGUUAAAUUUACCAGAGGAAAUUACAAACAGACAUCCCUUCCCAGGACCUGGAUUGGCCAUCAGGGUUAUUGGAGAAAUCGACAAGCAUAAAUUAAGUAUCCUCAGAGAAGUGGAUGAUAUUUUUAUAAAAGAUUUAAAGGCUUAUAAUUUAUACAACGAUAUCAGCCAAGCCUUUGCUGUUUUGUUGCCCACCAAAUCUGUCGGUGUAAGGGGCGAUGCGCGAUCGUACGAUUAUGUGUGCUCCCUCAGGGCAGUUAAAACGUCUUCCUUCAUGACCGCCAGCUGGUAUAAAAUUCCGUACGACAUUUUGGAAAAAAUCUCCACGCGUAUUUUAAGCGAAGUUAAGGGAAUCAACAGGAUUCUCUACGACAUUUCCUCCAAGCCUCCUGCGACGAUCGAGUUUGAAUAA